CUCCCUCCCUCUCCGAAGAGCCCCUUCUUCGACCUUCUAGGCGGGAAAAUUUUCAAAGACCUACUCUCUCUCUCUCUCUCUCUCUCUCUCUCUCUCUCUCUGUAGAGUUGUGGUGGUUCAAAUUUAGGGUUUCGUGCGAAAUGGAAGGAAGCGAGAGCGAGACGAUGUUCGAAUCGCUGAAUCUCAAGCCCCAGCUUUUCAUCAAUGAAGUCCUCAACAGCGUCGACGAUUUGCUCGACGAAGCUCUCCUCUUUUAUCACCAACAAGCAUCAAAUCUUUUGAGAACCGAGGGCUCGGACAGGGCCCAAGAUCUGGGCAAGGGUGUUGCCUACUUACACAAUAUGAUUCAAUCAGUUCUGGAUAAGCAUCUUGGUAUGUGGGAGAAGUAUUGCCUCCGCCACUGUUUUAGCAUUCCCCAAGGAUUAUCUUUUCCCAAAGAUAACACCUCUGCUGCUGACAUUCCUUCGUCUCACGAUCCAAUUGUUGAUCUCAAGCUUCAAGAGCAGUUGGACUCAUUGAGAAACAGACUAGUUGCGGUUAUAAAGGAGUCUGCUGAGCUGAAUCAAGAACUACAAGUACUCGAAAGGCAGACUGUCUCAACCGACCAGUUUUCUAAGGUUGUUACUGAAGCACUGGAAUCCACCAGUCAAAGCUCUCUGCGCGACACAUUCCAAGAUAUGAUGAGAACUGCAGAUGAACUGCGGUGUAAAAUAGCAAAGUUCAAGACCAGAAGGAUGGACGAGACAGAGCACUUCAAGAAAAUGAGAUUAGACCAUCAAAAGAACAAUCUCUCUAUGGUAGAUCGUAGUACUGGCCUCUGCAGUGCAAAGCUGGAAGAUCUUCAACAUUUUUUGACCGAUUUGAAGAAAAUGUGAAUUUUGAUGAUCUUUGCAGUUUAUAAGUUCUUAUAAUUGCAGAAUGGCUCGUGUGUCUGAAAACAAACUAUAUCGACCAGGGUUUUGUCUAAAAACAAGGGCGGUCUUCUUAGGCUUUCUCUGACUAGUGUGAAGGAGGCUUUACCUCCGGAGAGCGUC